AUGGAAACGACUUACAAAUCCUUGGCCGAUCGGGUCGUUUCCAGAUGGCACCAUCACGUGGAGAAACACACCACCACUACCGACCGCGACCAACCCGUGCCACGACUUUUGAUCGCGCUUGCAGGUCCUCCCGGCUCGGGAAAGACGACAAUCGCAACCAACGUAGUCAAAAUCUUGGAAAACAGACGCGGUGACGAUCCCACCACGCCCAAAACAAUCGCAGUCUCGGCCGACGGCUUCCACCUCCCGCUCGCUACGUUACGCGCCCUCCCAAACGCCGAGGAGGCCAUCGCCCGGAGGGGGGCGCCGUGGACUUUCGACGGGCUGGCUGCGGUAGCGCUGACCCGAGAGCUGGGAAAGACGCCGCGGGCGACCGUGUCCGCGCCGACGUUUGACCACGCCGUCAAGGAUCCGGUGGCGGACGGGUUGUGCGUGGGUCCCGACGUGGACGUCUGCCUGCUCGAGGGAAACUACCUCCUGUGCGACGAGGAGCCGUGGUCGGGCGUCGCCGCGGAGGUGCACGACCGCUGGCUGGUCUCGGUCGCAGAGGACCUGGCCAGGGCGAGGGUGGCUGCGCGGCACGUCGCGGCCGGGAUCGAGCCUGAUUUGGAGAGCGCCCUGAGGAGGACAGAUGGGAACGACAUGAUCAAUGGGCGUUUUGUCAUGGAGAAGAGUAAAGGGAGAUAUGAUAUGCUAGUGGAGAGCGUGGAGGAGGCUCGGAAUUAG